GUUAAAGUAAGAUGGCUGCGGGAAAGCGAAGAGUGUUUGAGAAACCAUCAAAUGGGAUGUUUAUCUGUUGCUAACAGGAUGCACAGCAGCCUCAGUGAAGGAGUGGUUAAUUUCUUAGCGUCCCUGACUCACUGUGGUCUGUCUUGCGGGUUGUCUUUUGGUCGCCUCCUAUCUUGAAACCGCUAACUGCUCUGACAUUGUGGAAUUCAUCAGCAGCUAGUCGCUAGCAGCAUACCAGCGCUAACUUGCUAGCAACCAGCUAGCAGGUAGCUGCCCAAGGAAAACACCACCUCGCAACAACUGUUGAGACUCACACAAGAGAGACUGCCAGUCCUGACCGGCUAUGGAGUGGUGUUGGCUUCAGACUGGAUGACAGGGUCUACGAGGAGGACAGGGUCACAAAGUUUCUGCAGCAGCAGCAGGCUUUUCCUAGAUGUACACUGAGCGGGAUUGACAGCCUGCACAACCGACCUCCUUCUCCUCUUCUCUGUUGUGAUACACUUUCCCUUCCCUUUCUGCCCUUCUUUUUGCACUUCCUCUCUCCCACUUCUUGUUUUCCUUUUGGUUUUCCAUAUAAUUUCCUUUGCCUUCUGUUAGACUCAACGUCAUUGAGUUUUAGUGACCUUUGGUCUGCUUUAAGCUGGUUUCACUAUGAGCUGGCUGAGCAGGUUAAACCCACGGGCUUCUGGGAGUCGGUCGAGCCGGAGUGCCGCCCCUUCCAGCCCCUGCACUGCAGACCCAGAGACCUGUCUCAUGGUGUUUGAAAACCACUGGAGACAGAUAUCUUGGGUGUUGGAGCAGCACGAGACUUCAUCCUCCAGCGAUGACCUCACGGCAGUGAGAAACAACACCGACCAGAUGUUAUGUUUGUUGGCAGAGGAGCGUCCUGCUGAGAGCUCAGAGAGCGGCACCAGCGUGCCACCCAUGGGGCCCAUACUGGAGCUUGUGGUCACAGAGAAUAUCCUGGAGAGGCUGGUUCAGUGGCACCUUCGCCGUGGCUUGGACCCAGACAGCCAGGGUGCACUGCUCAAACUGUUUGAGAUGCUUAUCGGUCAGUCCCAGCAGCCCCUGCUCCAGCACACAGCCAUUCUCCACCCCCUUCUUAGGCUCCUGGGAGCUUGUGCUGACCCAGAACUUGGCUGUCCUUCAGCUCUGGAGAACAGCCUGGUAUUGUUGCUUAACCAGGUACAUACAAACCUACAGUCUUUUCCAGUGUGUGUAUGCAGUCACUAUAAACAAAAUAUAUUUCACAGAUAUCCUAGAGGUGACUCAGUCAGCGACGUCCGUGACCUCUCUGCCUCUCCUCAGGUGUUGGCGACAGGCCUCAGCGCUCUUUAUUCCUCUCUGCCGAGGAAGAUAGAAGUCCGAGGAGAUGACUGGCAUGCCCUUCGGCGGGAGGACUGGAUGGGCGUGUCGUCGCUCGUGCUCUUCAUGAACUCGCUCGAGUUCUGCAACGCCGUGGUGCAGGUCGCCCAUCCGCUGGUCCGCUCACAGCUUUUGGAUUACCUUCACAACGGCUUCCUCGUACCUGUCAUCGGCCCCGCCCUGCAUAAGUCAUCGGUGGAUGAGAUGAUCGCCAGCACAGCCUACCUUGAUCUUUUUCUGCGCAGUAUAACGGAAACUUCCCUCCUCAAAACUUUCCUGCGCUUCAUCCUGCUGCAUCGCCAUGACAAUGACACCAUCCUGGACACGCUGCUCACGCGCAUUAGCAGCAAUUCAAGGGUCCUACUGAAUAGUCCCAGCACAGAGUCUCCCGCCCCACCCAGACCCAGCACUCCAUCCCGCCUGUCCUUCUUCAUGAGACAGCAGAGCAGUGGAGGUGGAUCAGGAGGUGCUCCUACCUCCUCCAGCAUGGAUCCACUGCAGUCCAGUUCUUCGAGCUCCCACCAGAUGUCUCCUGACAGCCCGAUGCACCAUCAGCAGACCCACACAGAUUGUCUGGACUGGGAUUCAGGUUAUCUGGAGUAUCUUAAGGACGCUCGGAGGAGCAUCGAGUUUUGCUCUUGGGCUUGUCGUGACUGGUCGGCACCAUACGAUGGCGAAAACCCAUCCCCAAACACAGCCCCGCCACCCCCACUUCCCCCUACCUCCAAUGUCCCGAUGACUAUGUUCCCCGAGCACUUCUCUUUCCAGCAGGGAGGAAGUCAUAACUCUUCUCCCGGUCAGCAAAGGGCGGCCAUUGUGGCAGCAGCGCGGUCUGAAUGGAGUAGCUCUGAGCGGGACAGCGGAGAGUGGGAUGUUACGAUCGGCAAAAACAGCUGCAUCAGCCUAACGCCUCGCUCCAAGAAACGCAGCCUUCAGAGAGAGGAGCUGCCUCCCAAGCCUGUCCCUCCUCUCGUACCUUCUUCGUCUUCAGCAACCGCUUUAGCCACUUCUCAUCCCAUCUCCUCCCCAGCUCCUCACAUCCCCUCAUCUGCCAUCACUGUUAGCUACCAGGCUAUGUACAAUGGAACGAUGGCGCAGGGAGACGGGUGCUCAGACAGUCGUGAUAGAGGACUGGAGGUGAAGAAAGUGAAGCGGGACUUGGGUGAUCAGCAGUAUUUGGAUGAAAACGCCAACCAAAAUGGUUCCCUUGUUAACUGCCCCUCGCAAAGCUGCACUGCUCUCCCAAAGUCUAUUUUUAGCAACAGUGACAUCAGUGAUGCACAAUCUCUUUGUCCUAGCAAGAUUUUUACUCAGACCUCCAUUAACCAGUCAGCAUCUGAUACCAAACUGCUGUCAAGUGAAACCUUAAACCCACUCGAUGCAUCCUCAGAUCUUCCAGAAGCCAGUCAGCAGUCUGUAGAGAGUCUUAUUGAGGAGCUGCUGGAGCAGGCGCCGGGAGACCCACAGCUGCCUGGCGAUGCCAACGGUCAGGGCAUUAGCAUCGAGGCGUUCACACAGGAGCUGAGAGAACUGGAGGACCGGGUGAAAGAGCGCUGCAAAGCAGCCUGUCAGCUGGAGGAAAUCGCCAGAGAGAGUUUGUCCACUGAGCGGCAGGAAGAAGAACAGCAGCUGUCAUCAGCACUGGAGGGGAAGCUGACGGGUGACGUGAAGGCAGACGGGUCUGCGGUGGGCAUCUGUAGUCCUGCCAGACCACUGAACCAACCUGUCUCCCAGCCAUACACAGGUCCAUUCAUGACAGUUCUGUUUGCCAAGCUGGAGAACAUGCUCCAAAACUCGUUAUACGUCAACAUCCUGCUCACUGGCAUUGUGGCCCAGCUGGCCUGCUAUCCUCAGCCCCUCCUACGCUCCUUCCUGCUCAACACCAACAUGGUCUUCCAGCCCAGUGUCAAGUCACUAAUCCAGGUUUUAGGUUCUGUGAAGAACCGCAUCGAGGCAUUUGCCGCAUGUCACGAGGACUUUCCUGCCAUGCUGAGGAAAGCUCAGCAGUACUUGGUGGCCCGAAGCAAAGUGGACUGGAGCGACUCGCCGGCAGCAGUUCCUACUUUGCGCCGCUCUGAUUCCCUUGUGAAGAGUCGAAAGCCAUCUCUCGGAGACCUGAUUCUUCGUCACACGAACAGUCCAACGCGGGCUCGGCACGCCGCUCAGCUCGCCCUCGCACACGUACGGGAUGGCGGCCAAUCGCUGCACAGCGCUCUGUUCCGGGGAAGCGGAGGGGCAUCUGGCCUUGAGAAGCAAGCCGAAGCGCUGCGAGUAAAGAACGCCGUCUACUGCGCCGUUAUCUUCUGCGAGUUCCUCAAGGAGCUGGCUGCCCUCACGCAGGAGCACGCCGUCUCUUUGCCCUUCCCUCACAGCCAGGAAGCAGAGGAGUAGAAGGUAAACUCAGACUCCUCAAACUUCACGUCUGUUGAUUUAGGCUGUACACAAAGAAGAAAAUAAUAUCGGAUUCUCCCAUCAGGACACACGUGAGACUCUUCUGCAACGAAGCAGACAAAAGAGGAAAACUGGGAUUUUUUUAUUACUAAAAUUAUUAUAGGAUACCUAUAGGACUGGAAUCAUUUUCCUCAUCUGUACACUUAUGAUAUUGUGCAUAUCGUGUAUUAUAUUCACAUCCUGUACACAGCAAAUCUCGGUAAAUACUUGAGAUUCGGGAGCUUGUAUAUACACAUACCAUUUCAUGGUAUAAUACGACAGUAAAGCCACAGAUUAAAGAAGUAGGUGCACAUAUUGGUGCUAGUCAAUACUUGUUAUCUUUUGUUUUGAAAGGGUGCUUUCAGGCUGGCACAAAGAAGGUUUCCUCUUCAACAACAACAGAAAAAAAACACCAAAAAUAGUUUGGCAGGAAAAGAUUGAAAGCGUGUGCGAGUCAGCCACUUACAAAGUAAUCCCAUCAGUUUGGUCAUCUCCGUGCAGCUGGCUCAUGUUUGCUUUCAUCGCAGCUUUUGUCAAGGACGGACUAAGAGGAAAAAGUUCACUUUAAAAAACAGAAGCGUUCCCAAAAACCAUGGGAGCUUUUUUAGGUUUAUUUUAAAAGGCUGCACUAAAUGCUAGUCAUCACUGAAUGAGAUGAAAACUGGAAAAACCUCCGUGUGGGAGAGCGCCACUUUGUCUCCUGUGAAUCAGCACGACUACCAUAAUUGUACUGAGAAACUUGGGUAAUUAUUGUCUUUUUCUUUUAACGUUUUAAACAUUUGUUUUCUGAAUUUGCACCAUUUUAUAGACAUAUCAGCAACAUGUGGGAGCAGAUGUGUCUGCCAUUGUGUAUGAGAGUUUAUUUGAAUGAAUCACUCCUUUCCAAAAAGGUGACGCCAACUGUUCAGGCCAUUAGCUAACCAUUCACUGUUCGCCAUUUUUAAAAAAUAAAAAUAAAAAAAUUAAGCGGAAGAAUCACGAAUACGGCACUCUUGUAAUACGGAAGAGGAUCAGGGCCACUGGGGAAAAAAGUGGGCACAUCUUUUUUUUUUCCUCCUUCUUCUUAUUUUCCAGAAUUCAGACUUUUUCAUCAGAAUUA